UAGGCUGAUUCUAGCGUCGUCCCUGAGGUAAACUAAGAGGUGUAUGGUUUGUAGAGAAGAUGCCCUAAAAAAUAACAAUGUUUUCUUAAGGAACGCUAUAAAAAUAAAUCAUGUUUAGAAUACGUCUUUUACAUCUCAUAAAAAUCAGUUAGAGACCUACUGGCAUCAGUAGCGAUACUCGUUGUUAGCUCGUGUAUGCUACAAAACAGUUGGUAGCUAGGUAGGUAAUUAGGUUAGCGAGCUAGCGAGCAGAACGCUUGUAAGGUUACUUUAGCUAAUAUUUUCGUCAUUGUUUCCUGUUGACUUGUUUUUACUUUUGUGGAGUUGACUCUCAGUACGUUGUUUUUUUUUUCUCGAUUGGGACGUCCAAGAAGUACUUUUGCCAAGUUAAACUCUUGUACUAGCCAGCCAUCCAGCUAGCUAAAUCAUUAGAUUGCAGCUUCCUUCGAUGGUGCUGCCGUCAAGCAUAGAACUCUUUACAGGAUGAGUGUCUACAGAGGUAGUAGUGAGAUCACAGCCCUCAAUCUUCCUCUGUGGGCAGAAGUAAUCUCAGUCUCCUCCUGAGUGCCUGCCUCUCCAUGUAAACAUGGCUGACAAGAGGGAGCCACCAUUUUUCAAUGAUGAUAACUUGGGGGUUGUCCACUACAAGCUGCCCUUCUAUGAGACUAUGGAGCUGUUCAUAGAGACUCUGACAGGGACCUGCUUCCAGCUGCGAGUCUCUCCAUUUGAGACGGUCAUCUCGGUCAAAGCCAAAAUUCAGCGCCUAGAGGGUAUCCCAGCCACCCAGCAGCAUUUGAUCUGGAACAGUCUGGAACUUGAAGAUGAGUAUUGUUUGCAUGACUACAGCAUUGCAGAAGGCUGCACUCUUAAGCUGGUCCUUGCCAUGAGGGGUGGGCCUAUCAAUACCAGACGAGUGACUGUGGAUGAUUCGGUGAAAGAUGCAUCUGACUGCUUGAAUUCAAGACAGGAUGAGGUGUGGGAAAAGUCUCUGUCUAAUAAACAGGUUACUUUCCUGGUAUACAGAGAGGGCGACCAGCUCAACUUCUUCCGGGUUGUGGAUCGUGGAGAUGGAACCCUUACACCUGUGUCUGAGUCACUAAGUGGUGGUCCCCAGCAUAAUGUGUACACUGAGGAAGAGGAAGAGGGUGUUGGCAGUUCCUCUAGUCAUCUGACACUGGAGAACUCCAUCACCAUGAACAAAAUGAAGUUGCUCAAAGCCAAGAUGGAGAAUAUGAACCUCAAUAAAAAGCCCAAGAAGUCUGCUAAGUUAAAAGUCAGGCCUCCAGUUGGCCCGCGGCCUUGCAGUAGCUCGCUUGGCUCUGCUCGCCACCACCGAAUGUUCCGGGUCCUUCCUCAGAUAGGCCACACCUCUGCAACACAUCUACCUCCAACUGGUGACCAGCAGCAACCUGUGACCCCCUCCUCAGCUGCCAGCCCCUCCAGCAUGCUUGUCGUCCCGCACAGGAGUUCUGCCUCUAGCAGAGCUACUCCUGCACUGGCAACUUCUAGCAUAUACAUGCUUCAAGAAGGGGAGCCUUGGAAUAAUCCCACCCCUAGGAAGAUUAGGCUGCCUCCCAAAGUCUCCCGACUAGAUGUGGCUGGGUCUAAGGUUAUGAGGGACUGUGUGUACCCACCUCUCUCCAUCCUAUCCAGUCCCUCAAGUCAAGAUGAGGCAGAUCCCCCGAGUGACAGAGUAGCUCUAGUGGAAGAUGCAGUUUUAAUGGAGUCACCCAAACCUGUUGCGUUCAACAGCCAGCUUCCAGAACCACUUAGCCUAGAUGUGUCUGCUCAGCAGGAAGCCAGACUAGACUCCUUAGGACCCAUGGCCAAGCCAGUGGCAACAGCUCCACUGCUCUCCCAAGCCAUUGGCGCAGACCCUGUGAGCACGUGGCCGAUGGGCACUAAGAUGCUGCAGGAUGAAGGGCCUUCGUUGAGCUCCCUGCACCUAUCCGCAGAGCCACUUAUCCCUCCACAGAUGCCUCAGCCCUUUGAGUUCACCGGGACUUCCCUGCGGCCCGGCCCAUCUCGCACACUCCUCGCCCCUGCUGAUGGCUCUCCUGCCCCGCCCUGCACGCCUCCCCAGACCACGCAUCUGCGGAGUUUCAGUGUGUCCUCUCCUGGCGAGCGUCUGGAAGUGAUCUCCAAGAGCGAGGUGCGGGAUAUGACUACGGCAGCCAACAAGGCCUCCAAAGAGCAGCUGGGUUGCAUGAGGAAUGCUGCGCUGCUGGCGUCACUGGCUGGCCCUGGCAGUGAAGCGACGCUGGCAGGGCCCUGCGCGCUGGGCAGAUUGUGUGGCACUUCAGCUCCCUUGCCAGCCAGCAUCCAUCUGCUGCAAGAGGACCUGCUGCGGAGGUUAUCACCCAUGCAGACAUCAGCUGCAUACAUGCCAUCAGGAAUCCUAGGCUCAUCAAGUGGACCCUCCACUUCAGUGAAAAGACUAGGCACUCCAACAUAUCACCUCCCUCCUGUGAAAGCCCCUGUUGGCACAAAGAAGAAGACUUCAAAGCACUGCUUCCUAUGUGGGAAGAAGACUGGGCUAGCCACCAGCUACGACUGCAGAUGUGGCAACAACUUCUGCUCCAUGCACCGCUAUGCAGAGACCCAUGACUGCAGUUAUGACUACAAAAGUACUGGUCGACGCUUUCUACAAGAGUCUAACCCUAUCAUUAGUGGACAAAAGCUGCCCAAAAUAUGAAAGCACUAUAUGGACAAAAGAAGAGGAAAGAGAUGAUGACCAUGAGUGAUUAAAAGCACAUGACCUUGACCACCAGAUUGUGCAUUUAUCACACACUCUGCUUAAAUGUCAAGGGCUUAUGUGUAGAAACGAAAACUAAAGUAGCACACUAUUUUUUUUUGUUGUUGUUAGUUACUUUUGCACAAACAUGAUCUUUUUUUUUUUUACUCUGUUGUCUUAUUGUAAGAAACGUUAUAGAACAAGGCAUGAGAAAUAGCCCAAGUUGUUUCUAAACAAGUUUCCAUCAUACUACAAAAUUUUAAAUGAACACAAUGCAUGGCUUUAGAUAUAUAUGUAUACAUAUUUUUGUUUUGUUUAAAAAAAAAAAGAUACCUUUUAUGAGACAAGUCUUUGAGAGAUGCACUUUAGAAAUAAUGUAUAUUUCUUGAGAGGAAGCGGACUGUAAUGGACUGUAAUGUCUUUGUGAUGAAGUGUUAUGUUGAUUGAAUGUCCCAAUAUCCAACAGUUCAGGCAUCUUAUGUUUUCCUUUCUCUUAAUUGGUCAGGCUUGCGCCACUCUAGACAUCAUAUCAGAUGUCACACAUUUAUGGUAAAAGAGGAUCUCUAUAACUUGAGUUUCACUUUGAAUGCAAGGUGUACAUGUUUGUGAACUGUAAACACCACUAUGCAGUAUGGCCUCGUAGCAUUAAUUUUGGGGAGAGGUUGAUAUGGUAGAAUUUGACACCUAGCUGGUUGCCAUUGUGAAGGUUCUGUUUUGUACUUUGGAAUCAUUUUUUGAAUACAAAGCACAGUCAGCAGUCGAUGCUUAACAUUUUCAGUAUUUAUUUGGAAGAUUAAACUUAUAAAAAUACCUGUGUUUCUGUA